GGACGAUGAUGGCACAGGAAGUCGUGGUCUCCAGUCUCUCCCUGGCUGGAUUUUCUUCAAAAUUUUCCGCUUGGAUGUAUGCCAGUGUUAGCUCUGGCCACCUUCGCCGGCGAGUUAUCAGUUGAUCCAGCUCAGUGCUGUCGUCGUUGCUCACAAUGCCACUCUCUGCGUUUCUCCGCACGCCCCCUCGCUUGGCCCCGACGGCGGUUUCACGGUGGAAGCGAGGUGCUUCGUCUCUGUCGAGCUCGACCUCCAGACAAGGUCAGCUGGCGCUGGACUCGAUUUUGAUUGCUAACAGAGGAGAGAUUGCCUUACGAGUAGGACGGACUGCUGCUCAACAUGGAAUUCGCGUGACUACAUUGUACACAGAUCCAGAUCGCCAGGCUCAACAUGCCUUGAGCUCACCAUUUGCGUAUAAUCUUGGGGCGGUGUCUGCGUAUCUCGAUGGCGACCGGAUCAUCGAGAUCGCCAAAAGCCAGGGCUGCCGAGCAGUACAUCCAGGUUAUGGCUUUUUGAGUGAGAACUCCGCGUUUGCCCAAAAGUGUACCGAAGCAGGUCUAGUGUUUAUCGGCCCUCCGUGGAAAGCUAUAGAGGAUAUGGGGGAUAAGAGCCGAUCGAAAGAGAUUAUGACCGCUGCCGGCGUUCCCUGCGUGCCUGGAUACCACGGUACGAAUCAAGAUGCCAAAUUUCUGGAGCAAGAAGCGGACAAGAUCGGUUACCCGGUUCUCAUCAAGGCUGUCAAAGGCGGUGGUGGUAAGGGAAUGCGCAUUUCCCGGUCAAAGUCUGAAUUUCAAGACCAACUGCUAUCGGCAAAAUCCGAGUCCAUGAACUCGUUCGGCGACGACCACGUUCUCGUUGAGAAAUACAUCACAACACCGCGACACAUCGAGGUCCAGGUCUUCGCGGACAAGCACGGGAACUGUGUUGCUCUCGGAGAACGGGAUUGCAGCAUACAACGGCGGCACCAGAAGAUCCUAGAAGAAUCACCAGCACCAAACUUACCUGACGAGAAAAGAAAGGAUCUAUGGGCCAAAGCCCGAUCCGCAGCGCUGGCAGUGGGCUACGAGGGCGCGGGAACAGUCGAGUUCAUCUUCGACAACGACACGGGAGAAUUCUUCUUCAUGGAAAUGAACACGCGUUUGCAGGUAGAGCACCCCGUUACUGAGAUGGUCACAGGUCAAGACCUGGUCUAUUGGCAGAUUCUGGUCGCAGAGGGUGCACCGCUGCCGUUGACUCAAGACGAAAUCGAAACCCAGAUUGCCAGCAGCGGCCAUGCCAUUGAGGCCAGAAUCUAUGCGGAAAACCCUGACCAGGGCUUUAUCCCAGAUUCAGGGCGAUUGAUCCACGUCCGGACACCGGCUACCAACGAUGAUGUUCGAAUUGACGCCGGAUUCAUCGCUGGCGAUGACGUCUCUGCGCACUACGACCCGAUGAUCUCGAAGCUGAUUGUGCGCGGCGCCGACCGAGAGGAAGCGAUCCGUAAACUGGCUGCGGCGCUAGAUGAGUAUGAGGUCGCCGGUCCGAGCACCAACAUCGAAUUCAUCAAGGCCGUCUGCCGGAGCCCUGACUUCAUCGCCGGUGAGGUCGAGACCGGGUAUAUUGACAAGCACCGCGAAGCCCUUUUCCACAAAGAGCCCAUUCCCGAUGAGGUUCUGGCACAGGUCGCUUUGGCGUGUCUGCACGAGAACUCCCCACCGCCGACAGCCAGACACGCCUUCGGCGGUCGGUCUUCGCUCGGCUUCAGCUCCAGCUACCAGUCGCGCCAUUUCGGCUUUUCCGAGGCCACUGUGCCGGGCGCCGCCACCGCGGCGGAUGGCGCGCGAUUCGAGGUUCACAUCCAACAGGUGGGCGAGGACACAUUCAAUGUGGAGGUGGUUGGUGGGCGCACCUUUGGGCAAGUGACCAGCCGCCGCCUGCAGCCCGACUCGCGCAUUAUCACCUCGUACUUCCCCCACACCCGUCUUGAUACGACAGUGGUCCGUGACGAGGACACGGUGGUGGCGUUCCAACGGGGCGCCCAGUACCGGCUGCGCAUCCCGCGGGCGGGCUGGAUGGACAAGGCGUUAGGAGUUAAGGAUGUCGCCAACAGCGUUCUGGCGCCGAUGCCGUGCAAGAUUCUGCGUUUUGAGGUGGCGGCAGGAGACCAUGUCGACAAGGACCAGCCGCUGGUGGUGAUCGAGAGCAUGAAGAUGGAGACCGUCAUCCGCAGUCCCCAGCGAGGGGUAAUUGCCAAAGUCGUCCAUGGAAAAGGAGACCAGUGCAAGAGCGGGACACCACUUGUUGAAUUCGUAGACAGCUGUGAGGCAUAAGACAGUACUUUUCUAUUUUUUUUUCUUCAUUUCAAGCGGGA